AUGUCGAAUCCUGCAGCUAAGUCACGAAUGAAGAAAAUUAUGCAGUUAAUAUCACCACUUCCCAUAUCAGAAGAUAGUAAUUCUGGAACUGCUUUUCCCGAGAACAUACAGCAAGAUACAGAGGCCCCAGCUUUAGAUCAAAUCUCACCAACAGACAGCUACAGCGAUAUUGACAUGGACCCAAUAAUAACUGAUACGACAUCACCUUCGUUGAUCGAUUAUAUUUGUGAUACCGAUUUAAAUUCUGAGCUCAAUACUAACUCAUUAUUAACACUAUUACCUCAAACUAAACUUGUCGAAUACACCGAGGACCAGUUUUCUGGUUGGUCAAAACCAGAACAAAAUAUGUCCAAGAAUUUGGAGACCCACGACAGCAUUGCCUGUAUUGAUAGCGAAGAUUCAUGGAAGCCUGCCUCAUCGUCCAGUGAUUCGGAUGACGAUAAGUCCGUUCAAACAAUAGAAGAAGAAACAAGUGUUGGUAAAAAAGGAUAUAGGAAAAUAAAACCUUUACCAAAACGACUUUUAGCAAAAAAAAAUCGUAACGCUGCUGUAGGGAAAUCUAUGCAACCAAACCCUUGUAUGAAUAAAAAAUGUGGUAACUCAUGUGCAAAUAAAUUUACAGAAGAUGAUCGCAAUAAUAUUUUUGAAAACUAUUGGGGAUUAGGUUGUGAUAAAAGACAAAAAGAUUUCCUGCUGUCAUGUGCUAAAGAAAAACCGAUUGGAAGAAAAAGAUCCAGUAGUAAUAUCCGUAAAAUAUCAUACGAUUAUUUUAUCAGCUACAAUGGACAGAAAGUUAAAGUAUGUCAACAAUUUUUGCUUAAGACCCUAAACAUAUCCCAAAUGUCUAUGAGAUAUACCAUCGAAAAUGCCAAUAAAACUCUGAAUACCACUCGAGAUGGCAGAAGAACUAGUCGUCCUCAUAAUAAAUCUGAUGAGGUAGAAGUCGCACAGUUAAAAUUAUUUAUUGAGAUGUUGCCUGCUGUUCCAUCCCAUUAUUGUCGCAAUAAAAGCACUAAAGUAUAUUUACCUCAAGAAUUUCAAAAUAUAUCGUUUUUGUAUUUACAGUAUGUUAAUUACGUAAAAGAAAAUAAUCCAGAAUCAUCAGUAUUAUCAAAAAGAGUAUUUCGUAACAUUUUUAAAAAGGAUUUUAAUAUCGGAUUCCAUCUGCCAAAAAAAGAUAAAUGUGCUUUUUGUGAGAAGUGCAAAAAUUUAUCACCUGAACACAAAAUUAUUUUUGAACAAACACCUGAAUAUAAAAAUCACAUUCUAGAUAAAGAAAAAUGUAAGCAACUGUUUUUAGAAGACCAAAAAAUGAGCAAAUUAACUGAUUCUAACUCCUUGUGCGUAAGUUUUGAUUUAGAAAAAGUUCUGAAUACUCCACACGGUAAAAGUGUUACCCUAUACUAUUCCAGGAAGUAUGCAUACUAUAAUGAAAGUAUAUACGAAAGUGGUACAAGGGAAGGUUACUGUUACCUGUGGGGUGAACGCGACGGAAAAAGGGGCUGUAAUGAAAUCGUUACAGUCCUUUUUAAAUACUUGAUUAUGGUAGACCAAAGAGGUACCCAUACAGAGAUAAAUUUAUACUCCGAUAGCUGUGCCGGGCAAAAUAGGAAUCGCGCAAUGAUAUCCAUGUUAAUUCAUUUCUUGAAAACCGCAAUUACUAUUACACGAAUAAAGGUAACUUAUCUUUUACCGGGACACACCAUGAUGCCUGUUGAUUCUAUUCAUAGCACUAUUGAAAAUUUUGUGCGUAAUAAAACAGUAUGGGCUCCUUCUGAGUGGCCAACUAUGAUUACUAAUGCUAGAAAUAAGCCUAGAAACUACAUUAUAAAUGUUUUAAACUACGGAGACUUCAUGGAUUGGAAGAAUUUUUCGCAAGCUUUAUUACCGGCUAAAUUUAAAAUUAAUUUUAGUUCAUUAAGGGCGGUGCAAUUUCAUAAAAAUAAUCCUAUUAUUAAAUUUCAAUACGGUUUUUUCGAAGAUAGUGACAAUUACGAAAUAAACAUGGAUUUCAUCAUCAGAUCAAGAGCAAACAAAGCUAUUGUCGAAAAGGGGCCUACACCUUUAUACGUCGAAGAGCUCAAACUUUCAUCAGCUAAAUACCAAGAUUUACAGGAUCUGUGUAACAAAAACGUGAUUCCAAACAGAUACCAUCAAGAAUAUUUAAGUAUGAAGCAUGAUGGAAACGUACGUGAUGCUUUAGCUGAAACAGAUGAGGAUGAGGAGAUUUAA